AUGACCCAUACUGACCAAUCGUCUGUGGACGAAGAAACCGAUGAAGAUUUAUAUGCUGCUUAUCUGUGGCUAACCGAAAGCAAGAAAAAGGGAACUGUCUGGGAUUUCGCGAACAUGGAUGAAGGCACGUUGAUGGCACGAUACCGCCAUGCCCGAGAGCUUGAAGGCAAAGUUGCUUUCGACAGGGAUACCAUCAUUUUGGGACAUAUGCCUUAUAGCGACGAAUACCAGGUACACCUCAAACCUGGACAGGAUACAGUCUCAUUAGAUCAAGCUCUUAACUUGCUAGCCACCACGGCUGUCCAACCUGGUGAAAGCAGUGGCCCUGGUACUUCUCAUCAUGCCGGAACCGGCCGUGAACUUGGAAAAACCAGUAGUAAAUUGAUGAAGCUUAAGGGCAAGCAAACCAAAGACUACAGUCGCGAGGCUCAGCCUACCAAUCAUCGAAAAAAUACCGAGAGUCACGACGGUAGCUCAAAUCCCAUUCCCUCCGAACAUGAGAUUUCGCAUGUCCUAUUAGGCCAGCAGGAAAGAUGUUUCUGUUUGAAAAAAUUCAAGUUGCAUAUACCAGACGAAGAGAAUAGGUGGACAUUCUCUAAAGUUGCACAAUUCAAGAAGUGCCGACAUUACUUCCACGUCAAUUGUCUUCAAAGAUGGAUGGUCAAGCACUGGGGCAAUAGCUGUCCAUAUUGUCGCGGUGCGUAG